AUGAAGGCUGACAUUUGCUACGCCUCCUCCCUUCCUCCAGGUCGUGGCAUCGCCUCCAUCCUCAUCUCCCUCGCCUUUCGCAUAGCCGCUUCCAUUCUGGCUGUGACACCAUCACCACUGAAGUGGAAGGAGAGGAUAUUCGUGGCCGUGGCUUGGAUUCCCAAGGCUACCGUUCAGGCAGCCAUCGGUCCUCUAGCACUCGACUCCGCUCGUGCGACUGGUGAUCCCACCCUUAUCAACUGGGGUGAGCAGCUCGAAGGGAGUGGCGAUUUUGUGACAUGGAUAGGGACCGCUUCGACAGUGCAACAGUCUCACAAGUGUAGACUGCACUUUUUUACGGACACGGUGCCUACCUGCACGCAAGUGAUCGACAGCGUGUUUGGUGGGUGCGCAUCCCGUGAAGUGUUUUAG